AUGAGACUAUCGGCCCUCUUUCCAUGGACAAUACAACGUCUCGGCAUCUUUAUCCUCGUCUUCGGCGCUCUUAUACAGCAAGCCUGCACAGUACCACAUGGCGUCCACGUACGCCAGACACCACUUUCGCUCCUCAAACUACCUGACUGUGCACUGCGAUGCUUUGUCAACCACGUAGUCGCAGACAACUGUGCGGUUAUAACCGACUUUGCCUGCCACUGCGGAGAUGAAAGUCUUUUCGACUCAUAUUCAAGCUGCAUCGCGCAACGCUGUGACCAAAGCCUCAGAGAAAAUGCCAUGACUGCACUAAGGGAAGACUGUGGCAGUAGCCUGAAUACCAACGAUGUCACCAAAGCCAACGGUACAACACCUGUGGAUGCCAGCCCAAGGAUAGGAACCAGAAAUGCCACCAGCACUGGCACAAGUCAACUUUCCAGUAUGACAACAAACGAAGCAGAGCCUGCACAGUCGAGCGAAUUGAGGAGCAGCACUUUGAUAACGAGCACUUCCAGCCAACAAUUGAGCGUGGUAGUCCAGACGACAAUUGUAUCCAUCACAACAACCGAGACCUCACGUGCCACGCUAUCACCUGCUCAACCCACGUCGACGGAGACAGAGGUACAAAUCUCGCCUAUUGCCCAAUCAACGGAGCUCUCCCACGCAGCAAGAGCCGGUAUAGGUGUCAGCGUCGCCGUAGUCGCUUCCGUCGUCACCGUCGGCCUAGGCUGGUACAUCUGCCGUCUGAAGCGCCAGCUGCACGCCGCACAGGAAGUCAUUAUCGCCCGGACAGACCUCAUGGACCGCCACGACGCAGCCGUGCCUCUUCCACCACCACCCACGGCGCGCACGCGCCAGUGCGUUCGAAGCUGGCUUAGCACCAACGCAGAGCCCGUCAGCCCGAUAUCAGCGCAUCCGCGGCCCAUGGAAGAUGGCCCGACCACCAUAUCCAACAUUGGAUACGGCAUGGUGCUCAAGAAGCGCGGCGAGAUCCUCAGCAUCUUAAUUGAGCGCGAGGGCGAGGGCGACGAGUAUGCCGAACGUGUGGUGCGCGAGCCGGUGCCGGGUCAGAGAGAAGGCCUCACGUCGCCGUUGGAGCUGGAUGGUAUAGCGACGGGCUUGUUUGAGAUGCCGGCUGUUGUUACGCCGAGGCGCAGUAUAGAGCGGUAGGUAGGUGAGUGAGCCGGAGAUGUUUCUCUUUUCUUUUCCUUUUCAUGUCCUUGUUACGAAUGAGCGACGGUUCUUUUUUUGGCCAAUGAGACCAUGUACUUUUAUCAUGUG